AAGGCCGGCUUGCCAAGGGCUGGAGCUGCCGGGGGCGACCGCCCGGACGUCUAGGGGCGCGGCGGGAAGCGUACUCCCCUAAACCCUGCUUUGCCCCCUCCGAGGACCCGGCUCCUCAGCUGCUGACAUCGGGCAUGCCGGUGGUUCUGUGAUGGAGGAGACUUUGGGGAUCAGGACGGGCGAGCCCAUGGCUUUGUCUCCCCAGCCUGACCCCGUUCAGGCUGAUGACACGGUAAAAAAGCACGCACAGAGUUAUAAACUUUCAGGAGUUAAAAAAGAUAUUGAGAAGCUUUAUGAAGCUGUACCACAGCUUAGCAGUGUGUUCAAAAUUAAGGACAAAAUUGGAGAAGGCACUUUCAGCUCUGUUUAUUUGGCCACUGCCCAGUCACAAGAAGGACCUGAAGAGGAGAUUGCUCUAAAACACUUAAUUCCCACAAGUCAUCCUGUCAGAAUUGCAGCUGAACUCCAAUGUCUAACAGUGGCUGGGGGGCAAGACAACGUAAUGGGAGUUAAAUACUGCUUUAGGAAAAAUGAUCAUGUGGUUAUUGCAAUGCCAUAUCUGGAACAUGAAUCCUUUUUGGACAUUUUGAAUUCUCUUUCCUUUCAAGAAGUUCGGGAAUAUAUGUUUAACUUGUUAAAAGCCUUGAAGCGCAUUCACCAGUUUGGUAUUGUUCACCGUGAUGUGAAGCCCAGCAAUUUUUUAUAUAAUAGACAUCUGAAAAAGUAUGCUUUGGUAGACUUCGGUUUGGCCCAAGGAACUAAUGAUACAAAAAUAGACCUCCUCAAAUGUGUUCAGUCUGAAGCACAGCAGGAAAGCUGUUCACUAAACAAAUGCCGUGGAAUCACUGGAAACAAGACUGCGUUGGGUGGUUCAGCGCCUAAGGGUGUAGAUCCACAGGCCGCCACAAAGCCUGCCAAAAGACCCUGUGCAAACGAGCACAUUCAGACUAAGCAAGGAAAAGAUGGAAAGGAAGGAUCUGUAGGCCUUUCUGUCCAGCGCUCUGUGUUUGGAGAAAGAAAUUUCAAUAUUCACAGCUCCAUUUCACAUGAGAGCCCUCCAAUGAAACUUAUAAAACACUCAAAGACUGUGGAUGUAGUAUCAAGAAAGUUAGCAACAAAAAAGAAGCCCAAUUCUACGAAAGUGAUGAGUGGUGGUGUGAUAAAGAAAACUGCCAGUUCUGACUCAGCCCACUCGACUUGUGACUGCUAUGCCACAGAUAGAGUCUGCAGUGUUUGCCUCUCAAGGCGUCAGCAGGUAGCCCCUAGAGCAGGAACACCAGGAUUCAGAGCACCAGAGGUCUUGACUAAGUGCCCCAAUCAAACUACAGCAAUUGACAUAUGGUCUGCAGGUGUCAUAUUCCUUUCUUUGCUUAGUGGACGCUAUCCAUUUUAUAAAGCAAGCGAUGAUUUAACUGCUUUGGCUCAAAUUAUGACAAUUCGAGGAUCCAGGGAAACAAUCCAGGCUGCUAAAGCUUUUGGCAAAUCGAUAUUAUGUAGCAAAGAGGUCCCAGCACAAGACUUAAGGAAACUCUGUGAGAGACUCAGAGGUCUGCCUUCUAACACUUCCACAUUAGCAAGUGAUACACAAGGGCAUGCUUCUCCCAACCCGGCUUUUUCAGAGAAGACUGACCAUAAGGCUUUGUAUCUGGAACACGCGUCUCAAAUGCAGCACUCAGAGAAUUCCUUAUGUAAAGGGGACCAUAAUGGACACAGGAGUCGUUUUGGCGAGUAUACGACCAAUUCAGAAGGCUGGGAUGAAGUCCCCGACGAAGCCUAUGACCUGCUCGAUAAACUCCUAGAUCUGAAUCCAGCUUCAAGAAUCACAGCAGAAGAGGCUUUGUUGCAUCCAUUUUUUAAAGAUAUGAGUUUGUAACCAUGGUUCUUCAUUUGGUGUUAGAGUGGUGUAUUGUGAAGUGGACUGCCACAGUUCUUUGUUAAAAAAAACACACACAGGUUUUUGUUUAGAGAGCAGAGCAGGAAGAAUAAUUUGAAUUUUAUUAUAUUCUCUGGGGGCAGACUAUAAAACACAAAUUAAGACGACAUCAAAUGCCUGGGAGAGUUCUUACAGCAUAUGAGUUAAACUCACCCAUGCCGAAUCAGAUCUUUUGUUUCCCUAAUUGCUUUUUACUAGCAUGUGCAGAAAAGGGAGCUUGGCCACUAGGUCAAGGUAAAGUCUUAAAUGAAUGCAUGUGAUAGCGGAAGUAAUGAGUUAGAAGACUUCAUUUCCUGAUUCCCUAGAGCAAUGUGUCCUUUUGGAAAAUUCAGCCUGGUACUCAGUGACAGUUUUAUAGGCAAAGAAAUUAAUUUCCUUUUCCAGAGGUAUAUAUUAUACCUUUGAUGAACACUAAAACAAUUAUUAAGAUAGUAUUGGUUAUGGGGCAAAAUUUCACUUAAAAUUGAAUUUAUCCAUUUAAAAGUAUUUCAUAAGAGCAUUUUAUUUGUGUAAAUUGUCAUGUUUUCUUGAUUUUUCUUCCUUCUCUGCCUUCCUCUAACACAUUUUCCUUGGAAAUCACAUGGUGCUUACUACAGAAUAUAUCUGGGUGCUCUAGUAUACGUUAUAUAGAGUUACAGUAAGGAAUUUAAUUAUGUGCACACUAGUGGAUAAGAGGAAGCCUUCAGGACCAAGGUGAAUAUUAAUCAUCCAUAGUGCUGAUUUUUCUCUCCAGUGUAUUUUAUUAUCUCCACACUAUCUUAGAUAUAAUUAGGUAGCUAUUAGAAAGCAAAGGAGGCAUCAGAUUGAGAAUAUGACUGGAGAUGUUUCUUGUGUGCCUAGAGCUAUGCAGAUUUCCGCAUCCUGUUUUCAUCAUCCUGGUCUUGCUCACAACAGACUAAUUACUGGAGUCUUAAGGUGGGUUGGAAAGAGAACUAAUGAAACAUGCAAAGCAGGAAGGGACCCAA